AUAGGAGAGACCGAGCCAGUUGUCAUCAGAAACAUAAUAAUAAAGUUUUUUUCCUAGUUAACAUGUCCUCUCCCAUGGCCACUGAUUCUACCAAAUUUCUCUUAAGCGAUCUUGUUUCUUCCCAUAUUAAAUACGUCCCCUCCAAAUACAUCAGGCCAGAGUCUGACCGUCCGGACCAGUUCAAUGUGGAGAAAUCGAAUGCGGCGAUUCCUGUUAUAGACCUUCAAGGCCUCGCUGGCGCUAAUCGCCCCCAAGUAGUUGAAGAAAUUGGUUUAGCGUGUCAGAAUGACGGAUUCUUCCAGGUUAAGAAUCAUGGCAUCCCUAUGGAUGUCAUUGAAGGCAUGCUGCAUGUUGCGAAGGAAUUCUUUCAUUUGCCGGAGUCUGAAAGGUUGAAGAGCUACUCAGACGAUCCUAAAAAAACGACCAGGCUCUCGACCAGCUUCAAUGUGAAAACCGAGAAAGUUAGCAACUGGAGAGAUUACUUAAGGCUCCAUUGCUAUCCUCUCGAGAAUUUUGCAGACGAGUGGCCCUCCAACCCUGUAUAUUUUAGGCAAGUUGUUGGCGAGUACUGCAAGAACGUGAGAGAGCUGGCCUUGAAACUGUUAGAGGCCAUCUCCGAGAGCUUGGGGCUCGAGCGUGACUACAUGGUGAAGGCACUGGGCAAGCAAGCACAGCACAUGGCUAUAAACUACUAUCCACCGUGCCCCCAGCCGGAGCUGACCUACGGCCUGCCGGGCCACAAAGACCCCAACGCCAUCACCAUUCUCCUCCAAGAUGGAGUCUCUGGCUUGCAAGUCCUUAGGAACGGGAAGUGGGUGGCUGUCGACCCUGUCCCAGCUACCUUGGUCAUCAACAUCGGUGACAUGAUACAGGUUCUCAGUAAUGAUCGUUUUAAAAGUGUGCUUCAUCGUGUGGUUGUGAAUAACACAAGCGAGAGGAUCUCUGUCCCUACUUUCUAUUGCCCAUCUCCAAAUGCUUUAAUUAAACAAGCAGAAGCGGUAGUUGACGAGGAGCAUCCAUCCAUCUAUCGAAGCUUCACCUAUGCAGAGUACUACGAGAAAUUUUGGAAUCAAGGACUCCAAUCCGCGAGCUGCCUCGAUAUGUUCAAACUCACCUGAUGANAAAUGCUUUAAACUGCUAUUUCCGACCCACCAACAAGCUCUGACGGGGUCUUUUGAUGUGUUUGAAGCCACCUGAUGAUAAAUGCUUUAAACUGCU